AUGGUAUUCCGGGAUCUGAAUCCCGUGCUGCACUACUCGUCGCUGCUGCGCCUCGCGCUGCCCUCCAUUCUCCUCCAGAGCGGCGCGCCGCUCGCCAUCACCUUCCAAACCGCGCUCCUCGGUCGCAAGUCCACGGAGAUCGUCGCCGCAUGGGCUAUUGUCGCAACUGCUACGAAUGCCGCUACAGUCGUCUUCAACUUCCUCGUCGUCGGCGUCACUGCCAAGGUGACUAAGGUGGUGGCGGUGGGGGCAUGGGCGCAGGUGGGCGCGCGCAUUCGCCUGGCCUUGGGGAUGGCGCUGGUGAUGGGGAUGGUGGCGGUGGGGUUGCUGCUGGCGCUGCAGCAGCCGCUGUGGCUGCUGCUGGCUGAUACUCCCAAGGUGCUGCCCUACGCGCGCAGCUACUUUUACUUGAGGGUCAUUGGCGUGCCCCCCCAGCUGCUCGUCAUGUGCACGUCCGGCAUACUGCAAGGAUACAAGCGAGUGAACCUAGUGGCAUGCCUGCAGGGCAGCAGAGUCUUACUGGACGUCUUCGCCUCCUAUGUCGCCCUCUAUGUGCUCGACUGGGGUCUCGUCGGCGUCGGCCUCGGCACCAUCCUCGCCUCCUCCGCCGUCGCCGCCGCCGCUUUUGUCUGCAUCCUGCUGCUGCCACCUGCCGAGGGGCGGCACAAGAUCCACAUCUUCACGCCGCUGCUGAGCUCUCUGGCCGGCCGGGCGGCAGGGGGGAAACGCGGAGGGGGGUGCUGGAGCCCCCGGGGGCAUGGGACUGCUGCUGCUGGUGGUGCUCCUGGUGGUGGUGAUGGGGUGGGAGAGGACGCACUGCAUGUGCCUUUGUUGGAUGGGCAUGUGGGGGAGAGGGGGGCAGGAGGAGGAGGAGCAGGGGAGUUGACAGAGGAGGAGGAGAGGGUUAACGAGGUGUUGAAUGAGAGCACGUGGAAGUUCAUUUGGGAUGGGCUCAGCACCAUGCUGCGAUCCGCGCUCGUGCAGGCAUCGUUCUUUCUGGUGCUGGCCUGUGCCACAUCUCUCGGAAUGCACGCAGUGGCAGCCCACCAGGUCCUCAUGCAGCUGUGGAUGAUUAACAUCUACAUUGCAGACGGAUUCGCCACCGCCGGCACCAUCGUCGCCAGCAGCGUCGCGGGGCACUUAGCUAAGAGCCGCACGCCCGCAGAGCACGCGAUCCACUUAAGGGACCUAAGAGAAGCCUGCUGGAGGGUGCUGAACAUGGGCGCGGUGGCGGGCGUGGCGAUAGCUCUGGUGUACCUGGGGUGGCGCGAGCAGCUCAUGGCGCUCUUCACGUUUGACGAGGGCACGAAGCAGGAGCUCAGAGGCGCGUGGCUGUACCUGGCGCUUAUUCAGCCGCUCAACUCCAUUGUGUUUGUGUACGACGGGUUGAUCUACGCAGCGCAGGCCUUUUCCUACAUGGCAGCCUUCCUCACCAUUGGCUUCUUUGCCCUCUUCCUCCCCUGCAUCGCGUUGGCUCAUUUCUAUUUCAAGACGUUGGUAGCAGCAUGGGGAGCCAAGGGAGUGCUGAACGCGGUGCGCUUCUUCGUGGCCGGUUACAAGAUCCACUUCGACUUCCUCUGCCCAAAACCCAAGUUUCCCCCCACAAACCCCAUCACCGCUCACAACUCCGCUUCCCCCGCCGCUACUCCUAGAGCCGCUCUGAACCAUGCAACACCUCCUGCCUUAUCGUCAUGGGUCAAUCCUCCCCUGGCUUCAUCCUCCUCCUCCUCGUCCACUUCGUCUGUUAGUGGAUUGAGAUGGGCACUGCCAGGUGUGGUUGAGGAAGAGGAUUCGUCUGCAGCAACGUGUGCGGCGGGGGAUGUUUUGUUGCGGCCUUGUUCUGAUAGAGAGCGGUUGCCACCUUUCCCGGUUCUUAAAACGAAACAGGAGGAGCUAGAUGGUGCAAGGCAUGCCAAGUUCUAA